AUGUGUUAAACAACAUCAGGUUAUCGGUCCCACCUACGGAAAUGGAGAAUAUCGCUAAAAUUCAAAUUGGGUUGUUGGAAGGGAAAUCAAAUUGGGAUACUUGGAAAUAUAAAGCCAUCAGUCUACUACGAACCGUCCCGCACGCGCUGGAAGUAGUGGAAGGCUCGUUCAAAAAACCCACAGAACCCGAAAGUCCGACAGAAGCAGGUGCAGUGUCCACGUACAAGACAGAACUAGACCGUUUUGUAAAAGCUGACGCGACUGCUCUGCUGAUCGUAACUACCAAUAUGAAAGAAGAGACACUUCGAAAGGUCAUGAGGUACACGAAUGCAAGAGACGUAUGGCUUGAGCUACAUAGACUAUUCGACGGCACGGACGACGACAAGUCCUACAAUCUAUGUAUGAGCUUUUUUGGCUUUAGAAAAGAUCCGGCAGAUGACAUAGCUACACACAUGUCAAAAUUGAAAAAUAUUUGGACGCAGCUUAAUCAGGAAAUAAGUAAGGACAAAACCAGUAAGCUUCCAGAACUGCUACUCCUUUGCAAGAUUCUCGAUACGCUUGACGAAACCUACUUUUCCUUCAGAAGCAGCUGGCUGUUACUGCCUAAAUCUGAACGAACUAUAGAAAGCCUUACAAGUCAUUUAUGUGCAUUUGAACGAGCUCUUCAGAGUAACAACGUACUUCAACAGGAAGCUCUCGUUUCAAAUUCCGGCACUACGUCUACUGCAGAGAAGAAGGACAGAAAGUUGAAAUGCAACUACUGCCAAGCUAUCGGCCAUCGAGUGAGAAACUGUCAGAACAAAUGUAAGAGGGAAGCUACAACGAGCAACCAUUCAAGAUGUUUGGUACGUUCCAGCCAUUUCGAAGAAUUUAUUCUCAGUACUAGCACUCCACGACAGAAUUCCGAACAGCAAAUUCGUAUCAACGACAAAAGAAUGCACCGUCUAUGUCAACGGAGAAGCGUGCUUAUUAGGAAGACGUGAGAAAGAAGGUGGAUUGUACAAAUUAGACGUAAAAGUUGUACAUCCUGAGAACCCCGCUGAAGUCUUUGCAACGUCCAAUACUAUGCAACUAUACCACGA